AUGCUGAUGCUGAAGUUUUUACGUUUAAAUACUGACGGUACACAUUUUUUGAUACGUAACGAGACAAUUUUGCGACGUCAAACUGGUCUCUUAUCUCUGAUCGUUCGAUGGCCGCAUGAAAAACACAUACCUCUUGCAGGCGCAUGUCUUGAAAACACAAAGGAAUAUUAUUUCGAACGUUCCGCCUUACUCUUCAACGUUAUUUAUCAAUUUUAUCUUACAGCUAACAUAUGUGUAAUACACCUGCCAGAAAAUCUGUGCCUGAAAGAUUUGCUGAACGAAUUGGAUUAUUGGUGCAUUGCUCCGGAUAAUUAUUUGGCCGAGUAUUACUGCUUUGACAGAAAUAUCGGGAAUAUCGGCUACAAAUUUGGAAUCUCAUCGAAAUGCCAUCAAGGUCCGGACGGUUUGGUAAUCAUUGUGUUGGAAGCAGUCUUACCUGAUCUAUCUUUGAUGUUUUCCGGUCAACUUCUUUUCACCUCAUGUGCUGCCCAGAUUUUCACUGCUCUCUCUGUGCUGUUUGUAUUUGUAUCAAUACUUGGCUUGGUACUUGCUUCGUUACCAGAAUUUCAACUCAAAGAAAUUUUACUACUGCUGGUAACACAUCGCUUUAGUGGUUGGGUUUUCCUUAGACUUGAUCUACAUAUUGCUAUCGCUGUGAAGCAUGCAGCCUCUGUAUGCAUGCAGCUAACUUGCAAAAAGGGAUUUUGCUAUGAUUUCGCUAAAAAGGAAGAAAGUUGUGAAAUAGGAAGAGAUGAUUUAUUUUGCAGGUUCAAAGAGCUUUCACGUGGUGGAGACGGAACGCUACUCGUAUUUGAACGUUUGGAAUUCAUCUGCAUUGUUUGACAUUUCUGCGAACAUCCGAAUGAACAUCAUCGAUUUGCUCGCCAUACUUCCGUCUGUUAUCGAAAUUGCGCUCAUUUUGUUUGGACUGAGCACCAAAAACGUGCGAGACCUCAAGGUAUCGUGGAGGGAUCGUCUUCUCGUGCAUCAGUUCGAUCUAUUCUCGGGGGCAGUUUCCGACAGCUCAGUAUGAUGGCAGUGGUUGUCCUGACUGGUGUGAUAUUCUUCAGCACGCUGAUGUAUUUCAUUGAAAAGGACUUGAAGGGAGUCAAUUUUAUUCCAUACCAGCUGCUUGCUGGUGGUAAGAAUGCAGUUCAUAAUUUAAUGGGAGAAGUACCAUUGGAAGCAUUCGUACAACAGAAGCAACUGAAAUUAGAAGGACUCGUACGAAGGGAAAGUAACAGACAACAAACAUCUUUUUGUACUAAUACUACUACUAAUAAUAACAGCGGUAAUAAUAAUUACAAUGUCAACGACGGUGGUAACGAUAACGAAUUGCUCGAUCGUGAGGUUAAAAGUUUGCAAAAUCAAUGGCUGCUUACAUCUGACAAUUGUAUACCUUCAUCAGUAAUGCGCAAAUGUUGGGUAGAAGAGAAUAGAUAUCCGAAAAGGAGAAGGAUAACAGUAAUAAGAAGGACUAAAAAAUACCGACAAAUUCCUCAGCAUUUCUGUAAUGCCGCAUUCUACAAACCACUCUCUGGUUUGGACGAUCCUACUAGUUCACAACAAAUUAAGGCUAAUCCGCUGUACAAAUUAAAAAUAAAAAGAACUGUGCAUUUCGUUCGUAGCAAAAUGCAAAGACUAAAAUGCAGCGGUAGAACAGCAUGUUAUUCCUAA